GGGAAACGAGAGAAUAUUCACCACAAGAAGGAUUUGAGUGUAAAAAUACCGAAAAUGAUGGCUUUUUCCUCUAAAUUGCUAUAAUCAGAAGGUAACCAUGGCUCUAUCUAGUCCAGAAUCACCUGUUCCGCCACGCCGGGUUGUAAUUAAUCGCACUGAAAACCCGAGCGAGGAACACGAAGAGCUCAACAAGAUGGCGCACGGCGUUGUGGCAGAAAGUCGAAGGUUUGUACCCUUCGUUAGGUUUUCUUUUAUGUAGUAAGGUUUCGCUUAGUUGUGUUACUAAUGGAGGAAACUUAUUUAACUUAGAUAACUUACUGAAAUUUUAAAAUGUGGUUAUGCACACGAGCUCAAGCUUAGCUUGAUUUAUUUCAUGUCCAUAUUCAUUGUUUCUGUUUUAUGUCAAACCUCCCCACCCCCCCGCCUCCUCCGGCUAAUCUCAAUCGAUGAGGUUUUUUACGGGGCUUGCCUGAGAGAUUUUCUGAUUGGUUCAGUAAUAGUAAUAGAAGGAAAGUUUUUCUGAAGGGUUUUUUAGUCAAAAUAUCGAUCAAAUACUCAAGGAGAAAAAAAUAAAGCAAUAAAUCAUUGGUUGGUUGUUUUUUUAACAGUCACAGAAUCAUGAUCAACAUGCAGUGCAUACCAGCAGCCUUUACUAAUCCAUUGAUCAGUUGUACAGUACUGUUUUCUCAUUUCAUUUUGUUGUUUUGUUUACAGUGAAGAUGUCUUCUCAAGCUAUGCUUGCAACUCAUUAAAUCAUAAAGGAAUUAAACAUCAUCCGGGGGAUAUUGUAGAAGCUGGUUGCUUGGCGGUAAGUAUGUAUACUAAAUGUUUUUUGAAAUAGCUUGAAAAUCAAACCGGGAUUUGUUGUAGCUAAAAUUUGUCCCUAGUGUGGUUAAACAAGCAUUAUAAGACCUUGUUUGAGUCAGAAUUUUCUUUAUUACCUAGUCCCAACAAAGAGAAGUCAUUAUGUCAUGUUGCCAUGCUUACUAGCAAAACUCCUGGAUCUCAGCAGUGUGGCCCUGCAAUUAUGAGAGAAAAAAAAUACAAAAAAAGUGACAUGUAUGCCUUUCCUAUGAUUGCAGUUAGGACUUUUCUUUCAUCAUUCAACAAUGCAAAUCAUGAAAUGGCCAUUUCUGUCUUGAAAGAAGGACUGUUGAGAUCCAGAAAUCUUGUUACCAUGGUAAAGUGAUAUCAUGCUUUUCUCAAUUAUUUGUAGGGGACAAAGAUAAUAUAUUCCAUGUUAUCUGAGAACAGUUUAUUCUUACAACAUUCAACUGUCUGCACCAUUUAUAUUUUUGUUUUUAACAAGGUUGUUUCAUUUUGCAAAAACAAGGUUGUUUCAUUAAUACUGAUGAUUAUCUUUUCAAAGUGAAUGCACAAUAAAAUGGCCACUGACUUAAUGUGUCCCCUCUCUUUUCUAGGCACAGCAGCUACCACGAGCUAAAUACCAGUUGUUUAAAUCGCUUUCACAAGAUUUAGUAGAGACAGGUGAUGAUAAUUGACAUAUUUACUUUGACCAACAUCCUGGUUCUGAUUCUCUUGCUUCUUCGAGUCUCUGGUACUUGUGGCUCUCAAGUUCUCUUAGUUUCCUUUGCUCUGUGGCUCUCUGUUAUGCCUGGUAUUCCUGAUUCUCAUGGUUGGUAUUUCUCAUGGCUCUUCCUGUUAUCCUGGUUCUUGUACAUGUAGUUCUCCUGGGUUUUGAGAUCCUCCACAAGUACAUGAACCAGCGUCUGAGACAGGAGACCGAUUAAUCAUGAUGCCAAUAAGAAGUACAAUGUAGGAAACCAAUUUAAAUUCAAGAAUCAGAAGCACCCAUAAAGACCAUUGAGACCUAAAAGAAUGAUGAUACCCGUGAAAAACAUGUGCCACCAUUCAAAUGAGACCUCUUCAACUAUACUUUCACAUGGCACCAGACUAAAAAACUAAUGGUUUUUUUUCCACAUUUACAUGUAAAAACUCUUUAAAAAUGAAACUUGAAAUUUUUGUUGAAUGGGACACUUUGGUCACUUCUUGAAAAGAAGGGAUUUAUCAUAUAGUUAGCUGUUACUUACAGCAGCUUUGCCCCCUCCUCCUCCUUUAAUCAGAUACCAAAGGGACAGAACCAAGUGUCCACUUUACAGAGGUGUCUGCUUUAAUUAUUUAGGUAAAGUAAUAUGUAUAAAGUUAGAUGUCUUUAAGCUAUAAUGUGCAAGAGAGAGAAUUGUUGUGUCCAUUUGCACAUGGCUAAAAGUAUGUGUAACAACUCCCAACAACAUCGCAACAACAUUGCAACAACAUGCAACAGGGUGUGCCAAUGGACGCAACAUGUAACAUUCAACAAUGUUGAGAGCUGUUGGCCGACAAUACUGCAUCCGUUUGCACGAGGCUUUAGGAUGAAAAGACCUUAUAGAGGUCUUUGCAUGGAGGGGUUUGAUCGUAUUUUAGGUGAUAAUUUUGUAAUAAUAUUGAUUAAGGGAAACGGUGAUAAGCCUAUUUUUUUUGUUUACAUCAGGCAAACUAAGUGAUUUGCAACUGGAAGGAGUUUUGUAUGCUGUAAGUAUAAUUGUUAAUAUCACAUAUCACCUUAUUAGUAUCAAGAACUCUGUCAACAUUUGUCGGCUUUUGUAUAGCUCUUUCUUCUGUCCACAUUAAGCAUUUAAAAUAUUUGGGAAAAGAUGGAUUGCCAGCUAAAAAUAAAUUCAUUACAAAAAAGACCGUUCCAGCUGCUGGGGAUAUGUGGUAGCAGAGAGUGUGUUAUUGCACAGUCAUGGUCUUGAGUAAUAAAAUCAAGUUAAACAGCAUGAAAAAUUCAUUUUAUAAACUGCUGUUGAUUUUUAGUGUCAAAGACAUCAGAUGGUCCUUGCCAAUGGACAGAGAGCUGGAUUCUUUAUAGGCGAUGGUGCUGGUGUUGGAAAAGGAAGACAAGUGAGUAUAUUUCGUUUUUGUACAAUUUCAUGCUGUUACUANAAGACAAGUGAGUAUAUUUCGUAUAUGUACAAUUUCAUGCUGUUACUACAUGGUCAAUGAACUGUUACUUUGUUUAUGUAGACAAUAAUCAAGAAUGGUGGCCAUUUUCACUGGGGUGCAAAUUUACCUCAUUUUCAUGCCCGCAAAAGCUCUUGCCUCAUUUUCAUUUAAAAACCAUGUGAUAUCACUUGUGUUUUCCAUUGCCUCCAAACCGCGUGAAACCACUCAAGAAUUGGAGUUGCUAUGGCAUUUUAUUAAUCUUUGAUCAGUUGGUAGGGUGUGACAGUUGGUACAGGCGUGAAAAAGAACAUACAUGGUUGAUCGUACAACCUUGAAAAGGUCUUAAUUCUACUACUACUGUCAUCUUGAAAAGUCCUUGAAUUUGGUUUAGGUCCUUGAAAAGUACUUGAUUUCUUUAUUAGGUCAUAAAAAGUCCUUGAAAUUCACAACCUUGUCUACGCCAGACACCUUUUUCUGUAAAAUUAGGUUAUUUUGCCGAGGAGAAUUCGGCUCAUCCUUGGUGUAAGAAUAAACCUGUAAAACUCACGGUAACGAUGCUUAAUUUCUGCACCUCAGAUGCAAUUGCAUGUCAUACCCAGUCAUUUUGCAAAGUCUUGUUAUGGAAAGGAGUAUAAAAUAAUGUGAUCAAUGAUAUGGCCAAAGAAGUCAAAAUCGUAAAUGACUCCAUGCAGGGCUUCUGAUAUUUCGCGCGGUCGCGGACCCGCAAAAUUUAGGUAUUUCCACAAAAUCCCCCGAUAUUCCCCAAAAAACGCGAAAUACCGCGAAAUCUGCUAGAAAUAUUUCCAAAUACAUGUCGGCAAAACAUAUUUAAUGCUUAUCUUGGCUAUUAGACCAGUUUCAUUCACACCAAACGUCCAAAUUUAGCUUGAAACUUCGUCACUGCAACGGGUAAACAACGUCCCAAAACUAUCAGGCGUUUUUAGAUGAACGUUGCGAAAAACUGGGCACUAACCAUAAUGUUAAUAGCUAUAGCAUUCGCUCAUUUCUCCAGCGAACUGUUGUUGAAAGAGCAAAUGAUUAUCCCUGUUAAAAGAAACGUUCACCGACACUGGUCAUAUUGAUGCAAAAUUGAUCAAUUUUAGCGAAAUUUGCCAAAAAAAAAUCCAGCGAAAUCAGCUGUUUUUUACUGAUUGUUUCUUGGCCGAUUUUUCUAAGAAUUUGCCCCUGAAAAUCCUUCGAAAAUUGACUUUUUACCGCUAAAAUCCCGCGAAAUCGGCCGAUUGUUCCGCGAAUUUUGACUUUUUUCCCGCGGAAAUCCUGCAAAAUCGUCCAAUUUUUGCGCGAAUUUGCCCCUGAAAAUCCCACAAAAUCUUGCUUUUUUUUUUCCGCAAAAUAUCAGAAGCCCUGUCCAUGACAUGUUUUAGCCAAUAGGGUGAUCAAAGGGGGUUAAAGAAUGCCUACGAUUUAACAGAAAUAUCAUAGUCCUUGAAAACUGUAAUUGUCCUUGAAAAAUUCUUGAAAUGUCCUAGAAAUUUGUUUGUCUGAAGUCGUACAAACCUUGAAUAUAGAACUGUUUGACUUUAAGCCCAUUAAAUUUGUAGUCAAGAUUACACUGCAGUUGUUUUCUACUGUAGAUUGCUGGCAUUGUGUUGGACAAUUUUGCACGUGGAAGAUCCAGACAUAUAUGGUUUAGUAUUUCAGCUGACCUACGAUUAGAUGCCCAAAGGUGUGUUCAGAUUAUUUUUUAGCCAAAGUCUGGUUAUGUAUUCAAUGGAAUUUUGAUCUUUUAAGUCAAUGAUUUUAACCAUUCACUCCUGGGAAUUUUUCCAAAAAAUACCUUUUGAAAAAGUCUGCUCUCUAUGACUUAUUGGCAAGGUAGGUUUUAUUACAGCUUAUAAGACAUAAACAGAAGCAUUUACACACCAAUGACCCAAUAAAAUCACCGGCUUUGGAUUUGGAUUCACUGAUUCUGGACUGUGACAGAGUUUUCAUGAUGUGAAUCCCUAUAGCAGUUUGUUACGAAAUCAGGGAUGCUGGUAAUUGCUAUCUCUGUAUAGCUGUAAAAUACUAUAACCCUAGAAACUAACAAUUCCUGAUUGUUUUUCAUUUGUCAGAGAUUUGCAUGACAUUGGUUGUUUUGUCAAAGUGAUAGACGGUUGUCAGCAGCUGGAUAAAGAAACCAGGUGCAUGAACUCGAAUACCACGGGUACAUUAUUUAGAGUGGGGCUAGAGGGCCAUGCCCUCCGCUGCCUUUUUGUCUUAAAUCUUGUUAAAUUUAAGAAAAAAUUCUCUCAAUGUCUGUCUUCCAGAAUCUCAAUUUUUGGAUGAAAUGCUCUCAGAGUUCUCUCUCUUUUGGAAUUUUUUAAAUCUUUCUCUGAAUACUACAAGUUAUCUACACUGGCUGGUGUCUGUUGUUAUCAUUAUGUAACACAAUAAUAUUCUUGGACAAGGUACAUAAAUUCCUUUUCUUAAUAAUUAUUUUCUAAGAGUUCUUUUUCAAACUAAUCUGUGUAUGCAAGUUUCAUUAAUUUUCAUUUUCCUUCAAUUCAGGUGUAUUAUUUUUUCCCCAAGUGAUAAUGUGAUCCAAAAUCUUUCCAAGCCAACUAUUGCUUCCUACAGUGUAAAGAAAAGGAGAAGUCACACUGCCAUGGUAGCAAAAUUUCUGGGUCUCAGUGAACUGUGGUCCUGCCAAUAUGGUGGGGAAAAAACAACAACAAAAAAUGUUCUGUGCGUUAUCACUCUUAGGAAUGAAAGGGUCGCUGGUAUUUUCCUUCCAUCAUUGGACAAUACAAAUGGCCGUCUGUCUCUGUCAAGGAAGAUUAUUGAUCCAGAAAUCUUGCUUACAUGGUAAUAUGACAUCACACAUCUCUCUAUAGAACCAAUAUUCUGUGGUUUAUUUGACAAUGAUAAUAGAUCAGUAGGAAUUUUAAAACAAAUCGUAUAGCAUUGACAUUAUUUUAUUUUACAGAGUAUUUGGCUUACCUGCUGAUUUUAAAGAGGGUGUUGUCUUUAGUACAUACGCAACACUGGUGUCGUCUGUUCAAAAAGGUGAGCAUGCAGUAUGAAUGUCAUCUAUCACUGACAAUAGACAAGGUUCCUCUUUUUGUUGAUCUGUUUUAUUAUCUUUUUGACAGGUGCUAAUCGUCAGAGCAGAUUGCAACAGCUCAUAGACUGGUGCGGUGGUGAGCAGUUUAAUGGAUGCCUCAUAUUUGACGAGUGUCAUAAAGCAAAGCAUUUUGUUCCUGUAAGUAAUUUACAGUAGUUUAGCCCUUAUUCUUCGCAUUCAUAACUGCAACAAAUGCAUGUAAAUACCUUAUUUAGGGCAAAAAGCAUGGUUUAUUAGAAACUGCUACUAUGUGAUCAUCAUUAUUCAAGUUACGUUUUGUAUGAAGUGGAUGAGAGGACAACAGUUUGUGUUCCCUUUACAUUACAUAUAGUUCACAUAAAGCUUGACUGCACAGUGGGUUUCUUGAGAAUGCAAUUGGUCUUGUUGCACUUGUUAAUGAAUGCACAACCAUUACACUUUCCACACAUGCAAAUUGACACCAAUGAUGCAUAUUAACACCAGAGACAGAUUUUACAAGUCAUGGAUUCAACUAAGUACUCUGCUCACUGUAGCUUAUUUCAUUUUAGGGCAAAGAAGAAUCCAGCACAAAAGUUGCUCUUGCUGUCACAACAAUACAGAGGUAUGAUAAAGUUAUUCGACUUCAUUUUUGAAUAUCAAUUGUUAGCAUGUAAUUAACACUCUAAUGUAAUAAUUAAAGUGCUAAUAAUUUUACAAUUUGAAAGAAGCAGGGAGCAGCGAUGGAGCAGUUGUAAUCGAGCACUUGCCUCCCACCAAUGCGGCUUGAGUUCAAUUUCCAGAGUUGAUGCCAUAAACGUUGGGAGGGGAGGUGUGACAAGUGAGCUAAUUAAAAGUAACUGUACUCAUCUGCUCAAAAUUAAAAACGAGCUGAAAAUCGGUUGUUUUUACAAAUAAAGUCAGGAAGAAUUCUCUAUAUUUUCCGGGCGUUUUUAGUAAAACAAUUAUUUCGGAUAUAAGAUGAUUAUAGCCAACUCAUAUCCAACACGCACUUGUGGAAUAAUUGUUAAAUAUACCUGACCUCCUUACUGUCUCUACAGAGUUCCCCCCCCUUCCCGUUCAGUAACUGCUGUGCCCAAAUUUUCUCCUCUUUACAGAUUUAUUCUUUUUUCACUUUAUAGAAUGCUAUCCAAAGCUCGUGUUGUGUACUGUAGUGCAACUGGUGUGACAGAUGUAAAAAAUAUGGUAGGUGUAGAGAAAGUAUUAUUUUAUAUAAUUGACAAUAACUUGAUUUUGACUGAGUGUCAGGAAACAGCAUGUUACUGUUAAAAGGUAUCCAACUUUACUUUGCUAGUUUUUCGCAAACAAUGCACUAAGUAAAGGUUGGCAUGUACCUUUUAAAGUACGCUGUACGCAGUUAGCAUCUUAUAUGAUACCACUGUACAAAGUUAAAAUUUUAAAGUGAAACUUGAUCUUGCGACUUGAUCUUGUACCGGGGAACAAAGAUUUUUUAAGGCGAAAUACUAUCGGUUGCAUCUAAGCGUGGACAGAAGACAAAAAAAAAAACAUGUUCUAAUAGGGUGCCAGACAUGACGUGUUUUGCCGCCAAACAUCUGAAGUUUGACAGCGUUAAAGCAAACUGUCAAGCCAAAGGUAAGUUUGGAGCCAAUCAGAACAUUUUUUUUCCUCACGUGUACACCCUUAGAUGCAGCUGACGUUAAUUAUAUGAUCGUCGGGAUGAGUGUACUGAACAGGACUGUUGUUGACAGUGAUUGACGUUUCGACAGGUCUUCAGGCCCUAUCCACAUGUAUCGGGAUAGUUUUGAAAAUGAAGACUUUUUUCUCCAUUCUUGCCUCCAUCCACACAUAAACGGCCUUUUCAAAAACAGACCCAGAGUGGAGAUUUUUUAAAACGCCGGCUUCUCGUUUAAAGUGGGCGGUCGAAAACGGAGAUUUGUGAACACGAUUAUGUCAUGCACCAUAAUACUACUAGCAUUACGCACACUCUGUAAGGGAUGCUAUCGUCUUUCCAUCGUUUUAGGGUUUCAUGUGGACAGGCGAAAACGAUUCAAAUAAGAGUCAUGUAGACGCCUAUUUUUUUUUGAAAAUCGAGAAAAAAUCCCCAUUUUCGAAAAUAUCCGGAUACGUGUGGACAGGGUGUCGGGGUCAAAGUCAGUUGUAUCACCUCAGUUGAUGGUAUUAAACUCUGGUUUAAGGUACAUGAUUUCUAGGUAUUCAGUAGAAGAGCACAAAGACUCUUGUUGCGUGAAGUUUUUAAACCCUACAAUAAUUGCUGAGAGAUUAUUACGGCAACCAUGUCUAGAAGCCUUAGGUUUCUGACGAUGUUCCCCUUCAGUUCAACGGUCAAUCAAUACAGUACACUGAUAUAGUGAUUUGAUUAUUUCCAGGCAUUUAUGGAGAGACUUGGUUUAUGGGGAGAUGGAACAGCAUUUAAAUCGUUUGAUGCUUUUCUAAUCAGCAUAACUAAGAGAGGUCUUGGUAAGUGGUAUAGUUUUCAGCCUAGACUAUGAGCAUUCUCUCUUUUUUCCAAGUCCGUCGAGGAAAACGCGCGAGACACGCAAAUGACCACGCGCAACGCUCUCUCGCGCGCGUACACUCCCCUCACUAAACUGAAGAAAAAGAGAGACUGCUCGCUGUCUAUCUUCAGCCCCAAUGAUGCACAUACAAAUUCUCCCGACUGAUCCCCCUACCUUUCCUUAAAGAAUUAGCUGAGAGAUUUUAGUGAUUAUUUUAUGGAUUCUCUAAACUUUUUCUUGUAAUGAUGUAUGGAUAUUUUUAGGAGAAAAUUGAUGUUAAUCACGUUUGGUACUCAAUGGGAUAAAGGGGUUAUAUCAAGACGACUUCCAAAUUCUUGUCAAAGUUGAGCUGAAAUUGUAACUAAGUAUUCUCAGUCACCUUUUUCCAUACUUGGAACUCUAAAAAGAAAGCUAUCAAAUGAUUCGAUCUAAGCCAAGGGGAAGUAAUACAUGUGCGUUUCUGGUCAUUUUUCCAAGAACUCCUGCCUGCCGUACAAUGCUUAGCUGUGCAGCGCUUCCUUGUACCGGCUUUGGCAAAUUACUCGAAACCUUAGCCUAAAAUAUGGGUAGACAACCUGUACUAUAACCGUGGAGAGACGGCUAGCUAGGCUACUGGCUAGAACGGUGAUGCGCCAUGGCGAUGCUAUUACCACGUCUCGGAAAUCAUGGUCGCCUUUUAUAUAGCCUGUUCCAGGCUUUGAAAUAAAGGAGUGUGGUGCGAAGUUAGAGAACGGGAAAAAAAAAUUAGGAGAAAGAGGGAGAGAGGAACGAAUUUCGCCCUCACUCCCUACCCCACCCCUCGCUGUUUUUUCUGCACACAUCUCCUUGCGUCGUCCUCACAAUCUGAACUCCUGGAACAGGAGCUUACACUUCUCCAUCGGCAGAAACGAUGUAUCUCAAGGUCACUAAUAUUUAAAAUCUUUCCAGGUGCUUCUGAAAUGUUAGCUAUGGAAAUGAAGGCAUCAGGGAUGUACGUUUCUAGAGGUCUUAGUUUCAGACAGGCUGAGGUAAUGUAUAAUUUUAGAAAUGGCGUCGUAAUUUUCUGUUGUAACAAUAUUUUUUUCUAUCAUACUGAAAUAUAAGGCUUUUUUUUGCAAUACUUAUUUCUUCACUUCUGUUCCUUUUUUGUUAACAAACUUUGAUAAUGCUUUUUUGUCGCAUUUCUGCAGUUUGUUAAUGUUGAGGCGACACUGACUGCGCAACAGAUAAAGGUUUAUGACACUGCAGUUCACGUUUGGUACGUAUGGCAAUGUAACAAGGUUAAAUCUUCGUAUUAACUGUUUUAAGUAGACCACAACUUAAGAUGGAAUCAUUCAGUGGUUUCUUGUACCAGGGCUCCGGGAUUAACUUAUGUGAUUUCGUAGAAAUUGCACUCAAAACUUAUGCAUUUGUUUAAGUCAAAGCAAAAGGAAAACAACAGUCACAGUCGGUAUUCUAAGAAUUAACGGUUGUGUGUAUCUUUCACAAUCAUAGUGUGAAUAUGUUUCAGGCUUUUUUCCUUUUCUCUUUAAAGGAGCGAGUUAAAGAAGUCAUUAGAAUUUGCCAUUGGCCGCACCACCUCUUCUACACCAAGGGUGUGGUCAGUCUUUUGGUCCUGUCAUCAGCGGUUCUUCAAACAGCUCUGGUGA